AGUACAACUUCCAAGGCCAACUUUCGACCGACGUAGAUCUCCGAUCAUCAGAUUCUUUCCGCGGUCCUAAUUUUGUUGCAACAGAAACGGUGUUCUUAGUUGCAGGGCCACGUACAAAUUUACCCGCGGACGAAUACAGCACUACUACUGCACGCACGGCACGUGUGACGACCCGACAAGCUGGGCUCUAAACAUUGCAUUGACGACUGCUUCUCCUGAGUGCAACACUGAGAUGUUGGAAGAUGAAUAUCACGACUAUGAUGAAAAACCCAGCGAUGUAGCGGCCAAUGACGACUCCGACAGAGCAAGCUCUGGCCAACCGUUCUCUAAAUCAUGGCGAAACGAACCUCUGACUCCUGCCGAAUCGUCCAAGGUCGCGCAGAUUAUCCAAGCGUGCAAAAGCAACGACCGAGAUCAACUAGCAGCACUUGCCACGACUUCGGGCGGACUCGUCGAAGACCAUGUCAGACGUGUUGCGUGGCCCGUACUAUUGGGUAAUUUUAAUGCAGCUACGGAUCAGACAAAUGACUGGAAAGAGUUGCCGGUUCAUCGCGAUGAAGAGCAAGUCAAACUCGACGUUCACCGCGCUUUUGUGUACUAUCCUACUGGCGAAUCUGAGCAGCAGAUCGAAGGUCGUAAGCAUGAGCUCUCGGACCUCAUUAUUGGACUAUUGCGCCAGCAUCCACGUCUACACUACUUCCAAGGUUUCCACGACAUCGCACAAGUGCUGUUGCUUGUCCUAGGUGCCGACGAGGCUGCAAUUCCCUUGGCUCGCUUAUCCCUUCUACGUAUACGGGAUUACAUGCUCCCUACGUUUUCAGCCAGCGAAUCGCAUGUGCAGCUGUUGCCGGCAAUCGUGUAUGCCACUGAUCCCAAACUAUGCCAGCAUCUGGCGAGAUUACGGCCAUAUUUCGCUAUUGCAGCGACUCUGACGUUGUACGCGCACGACAUCGAGGAGUACGGAGGAAUUGCUCGGCUAUUCGAUUUCCUCCUUGCUCAUGAAGCCGUGAUGUCGGUGUACAUGUAUGCAACAAUUGUCACGACUCGGAAAGAUGAGCUCUUGGAAUAUGACUCGGACGAUGAGGACAUGAUGUACGCGAUCUUGUCAAAACUCCCCAAGCCACUGGACAUUGAGUCGCUCAUCGCAAGGACGACAUUACUAUAUUCGCAACAUCCGCCCGAGACACUUCCUUUCAGUGCAUGGCGCAAAGUGUCAAGCUACAGCGUGUUGAAGACAACGCGUGAUCCGAGCAAGCUCGCAAACCAGACACUAGAGGAGGGCGAACAAGUCUACGCAAAGCAUGCGGCACAAAUCGAGCGUCGAGAAACACUCCAGAAAAUGAUCGCUCACUCGCGCUUGCUAGUUCGCAGGUAUCGCAAGCCCGCCGGAGCCCUCACCCUCGCUAUUGCUAUCGGUGUUUUGUCAGUAUGCAUUGGCAGAAGCGGACGAGGUUCUCCCGUAUUCACUUCGGCCGCCUUGAUGGACGCUAAAAAUAAGCUGCUGUGGGUCAUCAACAGGGCUUGGGCAGGACUCUAGCUGUGAGUGGUUGAAGCCUCUUGAUCGAUAAUUAAGCCAAAUAGGUCCAUGCCCCAUGAAUUGCACGAA